AGUAGAGAAUGAGACAACAAAACCUGAAAGUGCCUCAUAUUUCCAAAGAUGGUAGUGUAGUGAUCGGCAUCAGGGUCGAGGCAAGCUGGUAAUAUUCGUAUCCUUGUACAGAUUUAUCUCAUUGUCAAUCCGACUGGCAAACAAAGAAACACUCAAUCAUGGUUCGCGUUAUAACGCAAGAAACCUACGACGAAGUCGUAAAGGAAAAUAUUGAAGAAUUCUCGAUGUCGCCGGAGGAGGCUAUCGACGAUGCUGUCAAACAAUUCGAGGCCCAAGGCAUCGAUCUGAGUAACGUGAUUAAGGAUUUGGUCAUUUCUAACGACUCCGAAACGAUUCAAACCUGUCUGAAUGUACUGACUGCCCGUUCCAAGUCAAACAACAAAGAUGACUGUACAGACAUUCAGGAUUCUCUACAGAAGCUUCAAACUGAAUUUAAUAAGGACAUGGCGAGACGUAUGCUCGCUGCAAAGCACGGAGCCUAUUGUACAUUAAUCGAUCUAAUCGAGGAAUCCAAAGAUAACGAUACGAUACUGAUACCAGCGCUGAAAACUAUCACUUCUCUAAUGACUGGAUACCCGGAUUUAUUAGAUGACAAAGGCAUCGCUUUACAAAUAGAACUUUUGGACUGUCAGAGGGACAUAUCGACGGUACAGGCAGUGCUUCGUUGGAUACGAGAAUGUUGUAUAAAGCACGAAAUGAACAGGCAAAAUAUAUUCCAAGCCAAUGUCCUUGAUAAGCUUAAACAACUAUUAGACAGAGAAGAAACAGCAGGAAGCGAGUUAAAGGACAUUUGUGCGGUAUUCAGGGCUUUGGUACUGGACGAUGAUGUUAGACACGAAUACGGAAAGGCACACGAACACGCAACCGCUAUCGCGAAAGAUUCCCUUGCUCCGCUUACCUCCUUGCUUCAAAGAUUCCAAAAUGACAAAAGCGUCGUCGGGGAUUUAAUGCUCACUCUGGCAUCUCUGAUUGUCAGAAACGAAUUUUGCCAGACGGUACAUGAUGCCGGUGGUUUGAAAUUCAUCCUCGACGUAAUGGUCGAUUAUCCUGAUGCAGAAAAGCUGAAUCGACAAGCGUUGAAGUUGCUUAAAGCUCUGGCGGGAAACGAUGACGUCAAAGCACAUAUUGUCACUUCUGGCGGAGUUCCUCUGAUUGUAUCUGCAAUCAGCAGACUUAAGAACUUUGAGACAAUCGCUGCAGCAGGAAUGGCUUGUAUCUCAGCGUUGACGCUGAGGAGUCCAUCUAACGCAGGUGUUUUUUACGACUGUGGUGCACCGUUAGUGAUCGUAGACACAAUAAAGACGCAUCCGAACAGUAUGAAUGUGAUAAGACAAGCUUCUUGGGCUGUAAGAAACAUGUCUGUGAGAAAUAAGACCGAGUCACGUGAAUUCUUGGUACAUGGUAUCGAAGAUCUGUUUCUAAACGCUAUGCAGAAGCACGGUGAGAGGCUUGAGGAGGACAUCAAAGCCGCUCUUAGAGACUUGGGACUGAAGGUCCAGCUAAAGGAAAGGUGGGUCGGUAAAGGUGGCUCGUUAAGGAACGACGACUAAUUGAGAGCAACAGGCAUUGCUUUAUCGUUUUCUUGUAAUAAUUUAUCAAUUUCGCUGAGCAAGAUUGAAGGCCGUAUUCCGCCGUUCGAGGAAAAGUAAUACCGUCUUGAGUAUUGGUAUCUCCUGGAAAUUGGAUCACUAUUGAGGAAAGGUCGAAUUAAAUUUCUAUUAAAGAACAAAAAUUGCAUUUUUCUUUCCAGAACUGCCUACGAAAUAAAUAAAUAUGAAAAAUGUUAUUCCGUUCAUGAUGAGUAAAUGGCAAUGAUCAUAACUGAUGAUCGAGAAAUAAGAAGCAAGAAUUAAAUUAUACAAGGUUUUUUUGUUGUUUAAUAUCGAUUGUUUGGUUCUUAUUCGUUUCCUUUAGGAAAGUUAUUUCUUUUAUAAAACAUAUAUAUUCAUAUAUUUUACACGAAAUUUUGUUAUAACCUGUUUUAUAAACGUAUACUUAUCGUCAUGCAUUUUUAUUAAUUUAUUUUAACUUUUUUCAACGUGACCUAACUGCCAACUAUAAAACUACUUACUAUGUAUUUAUGAUAAGACUCAUUGACUUUACACUAUAUUUAUAUCAAAUAUAUAUAUAGCAUGUUUACAUAUUCGGUCUUGUUUGUUUUUUUCUUGCGAUGAACGUACAAUUUAUCCAUUUCCUCAUUCCAUCGGAGUGUGUGAAAACUCAAUAAACAUUGAAGUAAAUUUUUCGUGCU